UAUUUGUGAGUUAUUCAUGAUUUUAAACAACAUUCGCGCGCCAUGGUGUGACACGAGCUUAAUUAAAUUUCCAGUUAAAGGGUUUUUUUUUUAAUUUUUAGAAUACUGCUAUGCUAGACGAACAUAUGACGGGAGCUGGUAGUGGUUUGCAAGAGUUGAACACUAUUUUAAAUUCAACACAAACGAAAAUUAAUAAAUUAAAGGGCGUUUGUGGAAGUCUUACUAACUUCUUCCGUGUGAAGCUUACAGCACGUGACAACCUCUCCUACUCAAGUGAACAAAGUUACGUAGGUCAAACUAACUAUGAUAAAGACUUUGUUGUACAAUCCAGCGAAGACAUAGCAUCCAUAAAUCAGGGGUUAGGACCGAACGACAACGAAAUGACACCACGACAAGAUGGUGGCAAACAAGAUGGCGGCGAUAUGAGCACAACAUUAAAAGAACUGGAAGAGAUGCAGAAUAAAGUAACUUCACAGGUUAGUAAAUUAGAUCAGUUACUGAAACAGGCAGAAAACGCUGAGAUGUCAUUGAGUAGUCAAAAUAAGCAAAUGAGGUCUUUUCUGCGAUAAUUCAACCUUCUUCAAUAUAAUGUUCUAAUUGUUAGUUUUGUGAAGUGCUGAUUUGGCUUUUUAUGAAAUUGGGCAUGUGAAAUUGAGUCUAAAGUACGAUAUCCAUUAACCAGACAAGCGACGUAGGAUAUUCGUGUCGCGGCCAUUUCCACUCGCGGUAUUGCCUCGAUUUACGACUACGAUUUGUAAUGAUGGUGGAAGGGGAUGUGUUGUGAAUAUCGUACUUGAGGAGUAUUGAAUGCGUUUCUUUGUAAAGAACGUCAAGUUAUUAGAGAUGUGCCGAGUAGAAGUUUUGCCGCUGCAAACUGCAACUUGAAUUAAGAAGAGAUAUUAGGGCACAAAAACUGUUGAGAAUACCGGUGUCAUAUGGAUUUGAAAAUUACGGGUGAUAGAUAUUUAUUUAGAUAUACUUAUAUUAAAAAUUGCUGAGUAUGUCAAAUACAAAAUAACAAGCGCGUAGUUACUCGACCUACCU